UCCGUUUGGGGCAUUGUGGGAAGCAGCCAUGGUCUGAGCGGGCGCUCACCUGCCAGCCCCGCGGGCUCCUGCACUCUGCUCCGGCCCUCGCGUGCCCGUGUCGGUGCCGGGCAGGGGCUGCGGCGGCCCGGCAACCAUGAUACAAUUCAUAUUGCUCUUCAGUCGACAAGGGAAAUUGCGGCUGCAGAAAUGGUACACCACUCUUCCUGACAAAGAAAGAAAAAAGAUCACCAGGGAAAUUAUUCAGAUUAUUCUCUCUCGUGGCUACAGGACAAGCAGUUUUAUCGACUGGAAGGAGUUAAAACUUGUUUAUAAAAGGUAUGCUAGUUUAUAUUUUUGCUGUGCAGUAGAAAAUCAAGACAAUGAGCUCUUGACACUAGAGAUUGUGCAUCGUUAUGUGGAGUUGCUGGACAAAUACUUUGGAAAUGUCUGUGAGCUGGAUAUUAUCUUUAAUUUUGAAAAGGCGUAUUUUAUCCUGGAUGAAUUUAUAAUAGGUGGAGAAGUUCAGGAAACAUCUAAGAAAACUGCUGUUAAAGCCAUUGAAGAGUCUGACAUGUUACAGGAGACAAUGGAAGAAUACAUGAGCAAACCUACAUUUUAACUGUAUUGCAACUUGAAGACUCCGUGCUACAUGCUGUGAACCUUGAAUGAGUAAUGCCCUGCAUCCAGUCUUGACAGAGCCUUUAAACACCAUGCCAAAAAAUGACUUAAAGGGAUUCUUUAUUAACUAGCAAAUAUUAAAGUCAUUUAGCGUAACAUAUUUAUAAUUGCUACUUGUCUGUAUUAUACUAUAUAUGAGUGUUUACUGUGCCUCCGGUUGUUUGAAAUGACAGUUGUAUAACUCAGUCAACUGAGUUAUAUUUUAUAUUUUAAUUCCAUGUGAUAUUUUAAAAGCUAAUUUCAAAAUAUUAUUUGUGGUAUAUUUGUGUUGCAUUUGAUCUUUUACUGACGGUUCGAAAACCUUUGGGUAACCCAUGAUAUUGAGUGUAAAAUAUACCUUAUAUCAUUAUUACCUUUCCUAGAUGUUUAGUUUUCUAAGUUGUAUAUGAAUUGAAAGUUAUGUUAAUGUUCAGAGUUCAUAGGUAAGGAGAGACAAUUUUAAUAUACUUAGUAAUACUGUAAUCCCGGCCAGAUACAGUGUAUCUGAUGUUUAUGUCUUGAAUUCAUUUAUUUUUGUCAGGGUUGGAAUUAAGGCAGAUAACCAAAGAGAGUAUAGAAUUUAAUACAAGUUUUUGAUGCCUUAGAAGCUGCUGUGUAGGCUGAGGUUUUAAUUUUGACUUUUAACUAAUAUAAGGGACAUUUUGAUAAAUUUAAGUUUUCUACAAACUGCACAUUUAGGUCUCAGAAGAUUUGGAGAUACCCUGUCUGUGAUAUCCCUUAUUAUCAAAAUAGUAUGAUAGUGUUUGAUUACAAUAGCAAUAAUUAUCAUUGCUACUGCUAUUGUAAAAGUCUCUUAAUAUUCCAACAACUCCUAUCCACUUGAGAAAUUUUGUUUCAAAUUUUUUCUGUCAGUUGGCUAUCACUGCAGCAUACAUGGUAGAUUCCUUUCCUCUCUUUUUCCUCUCCUUCCCUCUGAAGAAAUUAUUUGCUGCUGACCAUUAUUAUUGUGACUAUGUCACCUUCAUGCUUUCUGGAAUGAAAAUACUACUUGACUGGUACUAAAUGUGAAGAGACAUGUGUUGGGGAAACAGCCCAGUGUAUUUUGUCUUGGUGCCUAUCUCUGACCUUUUCCUGCUCACGUUCGACGAUAGCUUCAAGGUCUGUGUCACUCAGAGUGCAGGGUUAGGGACCCUGUAGUGCUUUUCCCAUGACAAGUAUGUGCUUGCUCCUGGUUUCCUUGGGUGACCCCUUGUGGGAGACCUUAGAGAACACAGUGGAAAAUUGUUUUUGGUUCAACUGAGCAAAUAAGUUUGGGAGAAAUUAGCAAGACCAGAACAGAAGAAAAGGGUAACAAGUUAACCCAUUCUUCAAUAAAACCAUUUCUUAAAAAAAACUAAUUCACAUUACUAUAUGAAGUAGUCAUUUGGCUUUUAAUACCUGAUAUUUCUUCAAGGUGAUGAUAAAUUAAAAUUAUGAAUGAGCUUAAAGUUUAUCAUUUUGAUCAUUUUGUUUAGGAGCUCUUCAGUUUUGUGCUUUAAUGUUUUAAAAAAAUAUGAUAAUCCUUUUCAAAACAAUUUUGUAAAGAUAGACUUUAGUUUUUCUGGCUCCUUUUCACUAUUUUUGUGUGAAAGUAUCUCGAGCCUCAAAAUACACCACAUAUAAUCUGAAUAAUUCUAUAUUUAACACUGCCAGGCUGCACACAGGGUUUCUCAGGCUUCCUGUCAGGAUCACGCACAGAAAAUGGUUAUACCUAUGUGGCACACUGGGGUAAAGUUAAGGGACCAGGACAUGUCUCAUAUGGGUGUUGGUAAAAAUAAUCAUUGUUUUCUUUAUAUAACAAAAGCACCGAAGAACAGGAAAGACAAUAGAUAUUCAAUUUGUAUAAAACUUCCAAAUAAAAUGUUUUUUAAAUUUUUAAA